CGUGGUUCCAACCGCCACUAGUGGUCAAGUUCGUGUAAAGUGUGCAUUGUGUGAAAAUGAAAAGUGUGGUGUACUUUGUGGCGCUGAUCCUGGGCUGUUACGGCCAGGAUGACUUUCAAGGGUACAACUACCCAAAGCCGAGCUGUCCGCUGCCGUUGCCCGUUACGGAAACGGAAACCGCGACCAUCACGAAAGUCUUCAGCACCGAUGCCACCGUCUACCAAACACAGAUCCUGACCAACAGCGUGACAGUUCCAGUGUACUUCACCUCAACCGUUGUCCGGGAACGCCUGAUCACGUCCUACUCCACGGUGGUAUCUCCGGUGACGCAGUACCAAACGGACUACCGAACCGUUUACAUCACGCCGAGUCCCGUGACGCUAGUCAACACCGUUACGGCAACCGUACAAGCCAGUUGCAUCGCUACCCAGGACGACAGUGUUGCCAACACGUACCUCCCACCGGACAACAGUGGCCAGAUUGCCAACGUGGAUGACUACAAGCAGUCCGUGGAAAACACUUAUUUACCUCCUCCGCCGACGGGAGGCGAUUAUAGUGGCAACAGCGGUUCUGGAAAUGUGCUCAACCUCGGCACCGGUGAUACUGGUAGUGCGUUCAGGCGUAGCGUUGCCGGCAGCAGCUUCAACCCGAACGAUACGCGUAGAGCGCGGUAUGUGCUCAGUUUGGGCGCGUUGCCUCCGCGGUUUUGA